CAGUUCGUUUCAAUCAUGGGGACUGUAUGUCAAACGUGUGGUGACCGGGGCUUCUCGGUGGCCUUGAUUUACUGUGAUAAGUGUCAGGCCUAUGCUGUACAUCGUUAUUGUCUAUUUAAAUUACCAAAAACUUUUGAGGAGCAUGUUGUUUGGUUCUGCAUCGACUGUGAACCGAAGGCUGUGGUAUCCUCUAGUCUCCAGCAGGCUCUUGCUGCAACUGGUCCUCAAUCAAGAUUGAAGGACAGUAUUGUUGGAAAAUCAAAGAGGAAGGAUGACAUCAAGUUAAAGAAGAAGAAGAAGAAGAAGAGAAAGAAGAAUACAAAGAAGAGUGAAUAUGACUUUGGCUCGUUGGCUGUAUCAAAUGUGCAAAGACAAAGUAGCCAGACAAGAGGAUCACCGAUAGUGGGUGGGCCUAGCUCUAAUGUAGAAGCUAGACUUACUGAAGCUAAAACUUCUUCUCCAAACUCUUGUUCACAUUCAAGAGGAUUUGAUUGGAUUAACAUUGAUGAUGGAGCUGGAUCUGUAAAUAAUAGUAUGCCUCUUGUAGCCAUCAAUGAGCAUUUAAACAUCAGCGAGCAUAACAUUUCGUAUGGGUGGAGGGAAUUGGAUGGAAAAUAUUCAGAUGAUGUGGCUGGACGCACUCAUGCUGUAGCAACCAGUAAACAAAUACCAAGUAAAAUUUAUGUACCUGCACAGCCAAUAUUUGAAUCGAUUUGGAGGGGAAGUUUUGAUAUCCCUGUUGAAAACCUUACCAUUGGAGUUGUAGCCCAUUUGUCUAGCUUAGCAUGCUUGAAAGUUUGUGAGACGGCAGAAUGCUUACCUCAAUUGCUUCUCCUUGAAUUGCUUCCAAGAUGCGACGUGUGGCCAAAAGGUUUUGAGAAAUCAGGGCCAAGUGAUGAAAGUAUUGCUCUUUAUUUCUUUCCAAGUGAUGAAAGGGAAGCAAAGAUAUUUGACAUCCUAAUAGAUAAGAUGAUUGGCAAAGAUCUUGGCAUCAGAGCUGUAGUUGAAGAUGUAGAGAACUCUUAGUUUACACGUCUUACUCGUUGCCUGUGAACUUUCAGAGGUUCCAGGGGAAGUUGUAUUUUUGGGGUGUGUUUAGGGCAAAGCAACCUUCACAUCUAAUAAAUGGUGAGGAGAAAAGCUGUGUGACGGGGGAUUCAUGCAGUCCCGUUAGUCCGUUAUGUGAUAAUGGCAGCUCUCUUUUUGGGUAUGGCAACUCCUGAAUUGCUCAUCUUUUGUUUCAAAGGGGUUGUGCAUAUGUAGAU